AUGUCUUCUCUCCGAAAUUCGUUGCAUCGGCGCAAUCACAAGGAACGCUCACAGCUUGCACAUCGUGCGCGGCUCGGAAUACUCGAAAAGCACAAGGACUAUGUCCUCCGUGCUCGGGAUUACCACUCGAAACAAGAGAGACUCAUCCGUCUUCGUCAAAAGGCGGCAGAGCGGAACAAGGAUGAGUUUUACUACGCGAUGAACAGGCAGCGGACGCAGGGAGGAGUGCACGUACAGGACCGAGGGAAUAGUGCACUGCCUGUGGACAUUGUUAAAGUUCUCAAAACUCAGGACGAAAACUACCUCCGCACGAUGAGGACAGCAGGUCUCAAGAAAAUUGAUAAGCUGAAGAGUCAACUAACAGCGCUCGUGGACCUUCUGAGGCCAGGCCCCCUUGACAGUUAUGACGAUGAUGAUGUACAAGAUCUAGACGACGCAGAGAUUGAGGUGCUACUCGAGGCUGGACUUCUACCGGCGGCGCCUUCCAAACAAGCCAACAAGUCAUAUGCAAAACGGCGUGUUCGACACAUCAUAUUUGCGGAGAAUGCAGACGAAGCACGGCAGUAUGCCUCUAGCUCCGGAACGCAGACAUCGUUAAAUGAUAACAUGGAUCUGGAUGUUGCGGAGGAACGCGACGUGGACCUUGGUUGGAAGGCGCCAGAAACCGGAAAGAAGGGUGGCAUAAAACGGUCAACAGCUGUUUCUGCAGCAGAAGCACGAGCUUCCGACAGUUCGACGGAGGAGAGGCGGGAGGCAGCUAUACAACACCGUUCACGACUGCUCAAAGAGCUUUCUGCUCGCCUCUUCCGAGAUAAGCAAUUACGCUAUGCGGAGAGGGAGCUGGAGAUGCAACGUCUACUCAUGGGCAAAGGAGGUGCGAAAAAGCUCCGUGGCGCUGAAAAAGUAGAAGGCGACGACGGGGACGACGAUGACGAGGACGAGUCUGGCAGAGAUACCCGAAAGAAAGUAGACGAGAAAGUCUGGAAGCCUCGGGUAUACAAAUGGCGAGUCGAGCGGAAGAAAUGA